AUGUCUGGCGCCGCUCGCAGACGUGGUCGUGGCCGCGCUCGCGGUCAAGGCGACACUGCAGAUGGCUCUGAACCUCUGAGCAUCCCUGCUGGUGGCUUCGAUGGUCCUGCUUCUCGCGGCAGUGGUUCUGGCACAUCUGGUAAUCGAAUUCCAAGUCAAAGCUCCGGCACCGCGAGAGCUCCUUCACCAACCGCCUCUGGUGGUGCUGCUGCCACUGCAACCCCUCCACAACGCCUGGUCGAUCCGGCGCUCGAUCCGUCACGGAUUCCAAAAGCCUCUGAUGCCUUGAAGAAUGUCGACCUACCAGCUUCACUGUUCCAGGGUCUCGAUCGUCCAGGAUCUCGAGAUAUGCAAUUCACCCGUCGACCUGGCCUGAAUACCACCGGCAAGGCCAUCAAGCUUGACGUCAAUGCAUAUGCUGUCACCCAGUAUCCAAGCAUCAAGAUCCAACAAUACGAUGUCACUAUCGGCGACGGCGCGGAGAAGAAGGCUGUCAUGAACUUGGUGUGGAAUUCUUCGACCCGAGCCAACGCCACAGGACCAGAGAUCAUCUGGGACGGUAAUAAACUGGCUUGGUCGCUCAAGAAGAUGAACGAAAUCCGCCUCCACGUCAACCUCGAUCAAGAGCAAGGUCGCCGAGUCGAUCCAAACAGUGAGCGCGCCUCAAAGAACACAUUUCGUCUUCGCAUUCAGCCGACCAAGGUGCUGAAUCUGAAUAUGCUGGAUGCCUACGUCAAAGGUCAGACUGGACCCUCAGUCGAGGUCGGCGAAGGAAUCAAUUUUCUUGACCACUUGCUGAGAAUGGGACCCUCUCACAACCGAAACCUCGUCGCCAUCAAGCGAUCUUUCUUCGCUCGCUCUGGAGAACGCUCAGACUUGGGUGGCGGUGUUGAGGUCUUCCGCGGCGUCUACCAGUCCAUGCGCCUUGCACAGGGCGGCAAGCUGGUCAUCAAUGUUGACGUUGCCAACACCACCUUCUGGAAGCCCAUGUCACUGCUCGCUGCUCUCCAGACCAACUCAGGCGUGCGAGAUGCUAAUCAGCUUGCAAGCAAAAUGGCUGCUGAAAUGCGCAGUGGUCAACUGAAGACGAACGCCUUCACCCGCUCUCUUCAAAAUCGAUUCAAGGGCAACAUGAUGCUCGCCAAGUACAACGGCAACCCAGCACCAGCCAAAGAGUGGAAGUUUCAUAAAUUCUCUGCCGAGACCGCCGAUCAACACAUGCUCGAGGAGAGAGGUCCAGAUGGCAAGAAGUCUGGCCGCAAGGUGAGCGUCGCUCAGUACUUUAUGAAGAAGUACAACAUUCGUCUUCAACACCCUCGCCUGCCUUUAGUUGAGACCACCAAGAAGGGAGUCCUCUUCCCUAUCGAGCUCCUUCACAUCCAGCCAAACCAACGCUAUGGCGCCAAGCUCGAUGAGACCCAAACCGCUAGCAUGAUCAAGUUUGCAGUGUCGCCGCCUCAAGCACGCCUCAAAGCUAUCCAGAACGGCAAAGAUCUUCUCAACUGGGGAUCAGACAACUACCUCAAGAACUACGGCCUUCAGAUCUCCCCCAACGCCAUCAAGACCAAUGCUCGUAUCCUCCCGCCUCCAGAGAUUCAGUUCGGCGGCACCGUCGAGAAGCCAGGCACCAAGGGACGCUGGGAUCUACGCGGCAAGAAAUUCCUUACUCCCAACCCCGGCGAACUCGUUGCGUGGGGCAUUGGCUUCAUGCCUGGUCGCACCAGACCGGAUCAGGCCUCCAUCGCCCGAUUCGCUCAGGAUUUUGCUAAAGCUUACCGUACCUAUGCCAACGCUAUUGAAGCCCUGUUCCAGGGAACCGGCACCAAAUUCAACACACGACCGCAGCUUUUAGUCAUCCUCUUGCAAGACAAGAACUCACAUGUUUACAACCGUGUCAAGAAGUCAGCAGAUUGCCGCUAUGGUAUUGUCUCGCAAUGCCUCCAGUUGCAGCAGGUGCUGAAAGGCUCGCCUCAAUACAUCGGCAACGUCCUCAUGAAGGUCAAUGCGAAACUUGGCGGCUCAACUUCUCAAGUCAAGCCAAAUCCCAACUCUGGCUUCAAGAAAUUCACCGGUCCCACAAUGUUCAUCGGUGCCGACGUGUCUCACGCUUCUCCUGGCAGUGAACAAGCUUCAAUGGCUGCAAUCACAGUCUCAUACGACAAGAUCGCGGCUCGCUAUGCUGCCGGUUGCCAGACAAACGGUCACCGCGUUGAGAUGAUCAGCAAGGCUAAUUGGCGUAGCGUUCUGGGUCCCCUCGUCAAACAGUGGGUUGCAACAGUUGGCGGUAACAAUAUGCCCGGCCAAGUCUACUACAUGCGAGAUGGCGUCAGCGAGGGGCAGUUCGCGCAGGUUCUCGACAAAGAGGUCCCGAACAUCAUUGAGGUCCUCAAAGAGGUCGCUGGCGGCAAGGGUUGGCAGGGCAAGCUUACCGUCGUUGUUGCCUCCAAGCGUCACCACGUUCGUGCCUUCCCUUCUCGAGAAGAUGCGGAUCAGAAGGGCAACCCUCUCCCUGGUUGCUUGAUCGAGCAGGACGUCACGAUGCCUCACGAGUUCGACUUCUUCUUAUACUCGCACAUUGCCCUCCAAGGCACCUCGCGACCAGUUCACUACACUAUUCUCCGCGACGAUGCCAAUCACUCACCCAACGUCAUCCAAAAUAUGAUCUACGAGCACUGCUACCAAUACAUGCGGUCUACCACCUCGGUCUCCAUGCAUCCGGCUGUGUACUACGCUCAUCUGGCUAGCAACCGUGCCGUCGCUCACGUCGAUAUUGCUGCGACCGAAGGUCCUCAAGGCGGCCCAGGCUUCAAGCAGAACAUCCCUUCGUCCGACACCACUCCUCACACGGAAGCCGCCCCAUUGAUCGAGAUGGUCAACACGACCGGCAUUCGGUACGCUAUGUGGUACAUCUAG